AUCAUCAUCAUCACCAUCAUAAUCGAACACUGCAAUUGAUUACCAAAAAAAAAAUCAUCAUAAUCAUAAAGAUUAGAUAAACAAUAAGAAACAAUUGACAUUUGAACCGAAAAUUUGUUCCAUCCGUAUCGAUUGAUAUUGAUUGAUUGGGUCAAUCUAUUAUCAUUUGGCCUUCAUUCAUUUAUUUAUAAAAAUUUAUCUCUUUUUCAAUCCAAAAAUCAUCGAUUGACAGCCAACCAACCAACCAACCAACCAACAAUAAAAACUGUAUCGUAUAAGGAAUCUAAGCACAAACUUUGGGCAUAAUCAAUCGAAUAGCCCAAAGUCAUCAUUUUUGUUUCGGAAAAAAUUUAAAAAACAGAAAAAAGAAUUAAAAUCUAAUGAUCGUAUAGAAACAAACGAUAUGAAACGUAAUGAAAUGAUGUCAGCAUUUGAAUUAAAAGAUGAAGGGAAUAAAUAUUUUUCAUUACAUAAAUAUGAAGAUGCUAUCAAUCUUUAUAGCCAAGCUAUUAAACGUAGCCCAACAACGCCCACAUUCUAUACAAAUCGUGCAUUGUGUCAUUUAAAAUUAAAAAAUUGGGAUUCAUCAUGUGACGAUAGUCGCCGUUCACUUGAUCUCGAUCCAAAUUCGAUUAAAGGUCAUUUCUUUCUUGGUUUAGCAUUAUUAGAAUUGGGACAUUAUGAUGAAUCGAUUGCCCAUCUACAGAAAGCAUUAGAAUUAUCAAAAGAGAAUAAAAGAAAUUAUGGUGAUGAAAUUGCAUAUCAAAUACGAUUGGCAAAAAAGAAACGUUGGAAUGUAAUGGAAGAGAAAAGAAUUCGAGCCGAAAUUGAGCUUCAAAGUUAUCUUUGUGAUCUAAUUCACAAAGAUAAAGAACAACAAAUGGCAAAACUUAAACAAGAUAUUAUCGAUGAAGUUGUCAAAGAUGAACAAAUAAUCAAACAAUUAGAACAAAUGAUUCAUACAUCAUUCGAAGAACGUAUUGUUGCUACAAAUGAAUUGUUCACAAUGGUCGAUGAACGACGAAAGAAACGUGAAGUACCAGAUUAUCUAUGUGGUAAAAUAAGUUUUGAAAUAAUGCAAGAUCCAGUUAUUACACCCAGUGGUAUAACAUAUGAUCGUAAAGAUAUUGAUGAACAUUUACAACGUGUUGGCCAUUUUGAUCCAGUUACUCGUACACCAUUAACAGCUAAUCAAUUGAUACCAAAUCUUGCCAUGAAAGAAGUAAUUGAUAAUUUUCUAUCAGAAAAUGAAUGGGCUAAUGAUUAUUGAUAUAUAGAUUUUUAUAUAUCAGAUUGUCG